CAGGAUCGGUCCUUGGGCAAUGCUGCCGGAGACGCCGGCAGGGGUCGAGCUGGGAGGGGAGCGAGGGGCUCUUGUGCUUUCAGGCCUGUGGCCCGCGUCCAGAGAAACUGUGAAGCAUCAAGACGGAGCCGACAGGACCCUGCCCUUGGCGUGAGGGGCUGAGUAACGCUCCCUGCAGUCAUGUGUGUCGGGUGCAGGAGCUGGGCAUGCUCUGGAUGCCACCCCCUGCUGAGGCCAUGAUGAGAAAUGUUUCUCCUUGAACUCUGCAUGUUUUAUCUCCAAUCCAGAACAUCAUUUCUCACACCGGUGUCGUACCUCUUCCCAAAGCUACCUGGGACAGGGCUCCCCUCCCCGCCAGGAUGGCUGGAGCGCGGUGCACAGCCAGUGUGGACUGGACCCCGGUUACAAUCCACUUAGAGCCACCAGUCUUGAUGGCGCAGAGCAGGACACUUGGUCUUUCCUGGGCACCAACACGCAUGGAGUAAAGCUGCAGGCACAAGCCAGUAGCGCCUGUGAUGUGGAACAAGGCCAGUGCAGGGUGGCAGGAGUUUCUGUUGGGUGGCAGGAAAGGGCCAGGAAGAGAAGAUCAGGGAAGAAGAGGGGUCCUGGCAUGGGCAAACAGAGAGGGGACUAGGCGGGGGGGAGGAGAGGUGUAGUUUUGUUUUGGGGGAAGAGGCUGUGCACAAGGAUGGCUUCCAACAGGAUGGCAUAGUCCCUUUCAGGGGUAGGCGUCCCCCCAUCGGCGGCAGCGACUGCAGCUUGAGGCAGCGAGGGACAUCCAUCGGAGGAGAGGCAGGAGACCUUAGUCCAGAGCCGGAGGGAGGAGUGCGGCGUCACCAGGGCCUGUGAGCACCCGCCCAGCAGCGCUCCAUCCCCCAGGGCAGGAUGGACAGGCUGCGGCAGGUGCUCAGGAGGAGGUCGGCCAAGGGGCUCUCCAUGGGAGAGGAGAGCAGCAGGGAGCCUGGGCAGGAGGAGCGGGGCCCCACCUGCCGUGAGGAGGAGGGGCCCAUCAGGGCAAGGAGGUGGCUGUGCCCCAUCUGCUGCCGAAGUAAACUGGCAGCUCCCAGCGGCAGGGGAAAGGAGGGAAAGAAAUCAGCCACCUCCAAGUCCAGAUGGAGGUGGCCAUGGGUGCGCCUGGGCAGGCGGGAGCCAGCGCCAUCACAGCUCCCGGCACCCGAAGAGCCGUGCAGCUCCCCUCCUGGGUCAUGGGGCAGCCUGGAGCCCGGCCCUGCAGCCCCGCAGCAGGAGGCAGCCCCGUGCCAAGCCGGGGACGAGGGCCCAGCUGCCCUGGGGCAGGAGCUGAGCCAGGCCCACAGCAGCCCCUGCCUGAGCCGCAGCUCCUCCUGGGAUGACUGGCACACGUCCCAGGAGUCCGGGAGCACCAGCCCCAGCACCAGCUCCUCCUCCUCCUCCUCCUUGGACUCUGAAAAGUCCCAAGAGGCCCAAAGCACGAGCACGAGCACGAGCAGCAGCUCCUCCUCGGAGGACAGCGAUAGCUCGGAGGAGUCCAACACCACCAGUUCGACCAGCAGCUCCUCCUCGGAGGACUCCAGUAGCUCCCUGGAGUCUGGGACCAGCCCGGCCCCCGGUGCCACCUGCACAGUGAUUCCCAGCCCAGCCGGCGAGGAGCUGGAGGAAGAGGAGGAGGAAGAGGAGGAGGAGGAGGAAGAUGGAAGGUCCCCGGAAGAAGCUGCCCUCCUCCUUGUGAAGAAACACCUGCAGGACCCCGGGGAGAUGCUGGACGGGAAGGACAGGCAGCGCUUCCUGCUGGCCAUCAUCAGCCUGACCAUCGCCGCGGACCAGAGCAGAGAGGUGGCUGUGGAGCUGGAGGACCUGAAAGCGGCCGUGCUGGAGAGGAUCGUGGACCUGAUGGAGACCAUCUCAGUGGAGGGCGACCGAAAACACAUCCUGGCGUACAGCAUAGACGCCAUCCGCUGCCUCAGCGACCCGAAGCUCAGCCUGGAGCCAGCGCUGGAGUCGCGCCUCCUGCGGGCCGCCGUGGAGAAGAGCUUCCUGGCCAUAGGGCGUGAAACCCAUCGAAACCAGGUCGUGCAGCGACUGUACGAGGAGUACCUGGAGGGCCUGCUGUGCUGCGUCUUGUCCAGCGCCCCCAGCCUGGGCAAGCUCUACUCCAUCUGGGAGCACUUUACAUCGUGGACUGAGGCGCCGGAUGCCCAGCACCAUGCACUGGGCAUGAAGAUCAUGACCGGCGCCAUUGCCUUUGCUGUGCAGCUCCUCCCACAAUUUGAGGGCUCCCCUGACAUACUGGAGGUGGGGGACAUGGCAGCCCGCCUGGGUCUGUCCAUCAACGACCCGGAGGAGACCAUCAGCUGCAAGGCCAGGGCGUGCAUGUAUUUGCUCGCUCAAAUCCUCCUUCAUCAGAGGGGCCAAGACAUGCAAGGGGCAGAGGAGCUGCGGUGCAAGCGCCAGAACGAUCAGAGCCAGGUCCAGAAGUACAGGGACCUGGCGAGAGUGGGAGAGGGGCUGAGAAAGAUCUUGCUGGAGGAGCAAAGGAGAGCUUUCCUGCAGAGGGCCCUUCAUGCAGUUCGCAAUGGACCGAUGCACAUCAGCCAAGCUGGGCUGGUUUUCCUGUAUGCAAUCUUGGGGGAAGCCGGCCGCUUGAUGGGGCACAAGGAGAAAGAAAUCCCCAUCAGGGUCCUGAAUAAAGUCUUCAUUAUCACCUACCUGAAGGAGCUGCCUAAAGAUCUGCAAGGGCACAGCCUGCUGGUCACCUCCUCCAGCGCCAUCGCCUCUCUCCAGCCGCCCACACUUGCUCCUGCAGGUACUGUCCUGGUCCUGUCCUAG